AUGGAGCUCGAGCGUGCCAAGGAAUUGCACAGUGAGCCCAUCCUGCACCGGGUGCUCGGCCCCGCCUUCAAAAACGAUAGCAAUUUCGAGAUCUACGAGGGCGAGUGGGCGAACGAGUGCUACCAUGGGCAGGGCAGGCUCUACAGCGACGGCUCAGUCUACGAGGGCGGGUUCAAGGAUGGGCUCGCCCACGGCCAGGGUAUCAUCUGCUGGGCCGACGGAGAUAUCUACUCUGGGCAGUGGAAGAACGGCCUGUGUAGCGGCUACGGCCUGUACACCCAUCUGGACGGGGCGUGCUACCGAGGGGAGUGGCGGGGCGACAAGCAGGAAGGCUUCGGGAAGGAGGUAUGGCCGGACGGGUCGCACUACGAAGGGGAUUACAAGGCGGGCCUGAAGGAAGGGCAUGGCUAGAUGAUCUGGGCGGACGGCGCCUAUUAUAGCGGAGAAUUCAAGGCCAACCUGUUCCACGGCAAGGGCAAGUACGUCUGGUCCGACGGCAAAGAGUACAGCGGCGAUUGGGAGCGAGGGGAGAUGCACGGACAGGGCUCGUUCGUCUGGGAGGACGGCCGGUCUUACGAGGGCGACUAUGCGCAUGACCAGAAGCACGGCUUCGGGGUGUUCAAGUGGCCAGACGAGACCGCCUACAAGGGGUAGUGGGAACAGGGCCUGCAGCAUGGCCAGGGCGAGCUGCUGACCCGCGAGGGGGACCUGAUCAAAGGCAUCUGGCAACGGGGCAAGCUCAAAACUGAGUUUCCAGGCUGA